GUGUGUACCCAGUGCUCGGCGGCAGCAUUAUUACAAAGUGACAGUUUUUGAAACUGAACGAACGUAUUUUUAAACCUAAACUUGAACGCAAAUUCAUAAACCACGAUGACUGAAACCGCAGUAUCACCAGUUCCGGCUACCGAGGAGAAGAUUGUUGCCAAGUCUGACUCCCCGAAGAAGGCAGUCAAGGCUAAGAAACCAUCUGCGAAACCAAGUCAUCCAAGCACCGCUGACAUGGUCACUGCUGCCAUAAAAUCUCUUGGUGAACGUGGAGGAUCAUCUCUUCAGGCCAUCAAGAAGUACAUCACCGCAACCUACAAGAUCGACGCUGAAAAACAGGCUCCGUUCAUCAAAAAGUUCCUCAAGUCUGCCGUCACCAAGGGAACUCUGGUUCAAACCAAAGGAAAAGGCGCUUCUGGAUCAUUCAAGCUCCCAGUUACCAAGUCUGCAUCCAAGCCCAAGGUCGCUGGCGAGAAGAAACCUGCUAGGAAACCUGCCGCCAAGAAACCAGCAGCCAAGAAGACUCCUGGUGAAGCCAAAUCUCCAGCUAAGAAAGCUGCUGCUCCUAAAAAAGCAGCAGUUAAGAAACCAACUUCUGCGAAAAAACCUGCAAAGGCUCCGGCCAAACCUAAAGCUGCUGCUCCGAAAGCCAAGAAAGCUGUCAAGGGUCCAACAGCCAAACCCAAGUCACCUAAACCUAAGAAGGUUGCAGCUCCAAAAGCCGCUAAGGCUCCUGCUAGGAAAGCACCAACAGUCAGGAAAUAAAUAUUUCAUAUCUCUAUUUAAAACACUAAACAAAAAGGCCCUUUUAAGGGCCGAACAAAUUUUUUAAAACGUAAAACGCUCUCAGGUCGACAUAUAAUCCUCUACCGAAUUAUUCUGUCUUAUUAAUUUAUCUUUUACAGCCAAAUCUAGCUUCGAGCUCAGUAACCUUAGAUAUCAAGUCUUGAUUUUAAUUCUUGGUAGAUAAUUUUCAAGUUAACGGAGCGAAGUGACUUUUGUACCAGUGGUCGACCAUUAGAAUUCUUGACCGUGAUCCCAAAAAAAAAUUCACGUUUUCGAAUACUGGUCACAAAAUUUUGCUGAGUAGGGAAUUGUACGGAGAUAAUUAUCUAGGUUUGACCCUACAUUAUGGGUCAAAUGGGUCAGAAUCAAUUUCUAUGGGUAUUCGCUAAGUUCGAAGUUACGAUUUCCCUAAUUAUUAUAAACUCGAAUUGAAAUUUUAGUACUUUUGACAAAAAUUCAAAUUUUUGUCGGGGAUCGGGAUACAGAUAAAUCUACGGAAGAAAUUUUUUUUGUUAGUUUACAAACUAAACUCCCCAGUAAAUAAAAAUUUAAUACUUACCCUUGACUUUUUCGAUGCAGAUCGGGUAAUUCGAAAAUUGACGAAUUAUUCGAUUUGAAUACCUAAUAAUUACCGCUGUUUCUAAAUAUUGAUCAAUUGUAAGGUAAAAAAAAACUGAAACAAAAGGUGCUUGUUGUUACUUUUACUCCAAAAUUACUAACUAGAGUUAAUU